AUUUGGAGUCUCUCCAAACCCUAAUCUCAAGAUUUUCAUUCCAUACCAAUAAAACCUUCCAAAUCUUCUCUUUAAAUGGCGGAGGAAUUCGAUGAAUCUGAGAUAGUGUUCUCCGAUGGUUUUAGCUCCGUUCACCAUAAAGAGGACGAGAAUCGCCUGUUUGGUUCCGAUAUGGAGAGGAAGAAGACGAGGCGGAUCAAGAGGAGGACGACGGAGAAGGCGUUGUCGAGUUCGCUUCCGGUGAAUAUUCCAGAGAACAUGUUUCAAAGGUACGUUGGAAAAGAGGAGGAUGAUUAUUCCAAGGAGGAAUAUUCCGACGUAGGAGAGAUGGUUCCGCCGCAUAUUAUGGUCGGACGGAGGAUUCAAGGAGGACAAAUGGCGUUUUCCGUUUGUUCAGGUAGUGGAAGGACUCUUAAGGGAAGAGAUCUGAGCCGGGUUCGGAAUUCGGUUCUUAGGUUAACCGGUUUUUUGGAGGCUUGAACCGUUACCGGUUUGCCAUAUUUUAUCAUCUUUUCCCAACUUUUUUUUUUUUGCAUAUUAAGGAAAAUUGCAAGUGUUCCCGUGUUGUUUUAUUCAAGUGAAGUUGGGGAAAAUGUGAAACAAAGAUUUCUCCUAUAG